AUGAGCCUCUCAAAUUUCCUCAACCCAGACGACGAGAAUAUUGAGGUGGAGGCAGCUGAGCCGCAUGAUACGAUUAAUCAAGCACUAAAUAGCCUCAAGUGCCUACUCAGCUUAAGGAGCAUGACUCAGACGCCAACUCCAUGGAGCUCACGAUACUCAUGCGCAUGGAAAGAAGCCUCCAGUAGCAGGCAGAGGUUAAAAAAAGUCAAGGAACAUUAG